AGUCUGCUUUCCCGCCGUAUUUGAGUUACACAAUUUGCAUGGGCUUCGAAGCUUUCAGCUCCAAUAUCGACCAUACUUCGAAAACUGCAAACUCACAUAAUCUGCAGGAUGACCAGGAACCGAUCACAUUCUGGAAAGAAGACGGUUAAGAAAGGAAAAGAAAAUUCAAGUAAAGUGAAGGGUGAAACAGAUGAAAUGAAGAUUCCACCUGUCCAUGACUUCAAAGUGGAAGAGAUAUCAGCAGUUCGAGAGAAUCUUCUAGCUUGGUAUGAUGCGAACAAAAGAGAUCUACCUUGGCGAAAAAUGGCAACCAGAUCAGAUUUGAACCAAAGAGCAUAUGCAGUGUGGGUGUCGGAGGUGAUGUUACAACAGACACAAGUCGCAACUGUCAUUGACUACUACAACAAGUGGAUGAAGAAAUGGCCAACACUUCAAGAUUUAGCCAAAGCCACUCUUGAGGAGGUGAAUGAGAUGUGGUCCGGGCUGGGCUACUAUUCCCGAGGUCGCAGACUCCAUGAGGGAGCACAGAAGGUUGUAGAUGAUUUGGAUGGAGAGAUGCCAAAGACGGCUGCAACCCUUCUGAAGGAACUUCCAGGUGUUGGCCGUUACACUGCUGGAGCCAUAGCGUCUAUAGCAUAUAAUGAGGUGACUGGACUGGUUGACGGGAAUGUGAUACGAGUCCUGGCUCGGCUUCGACAGAUUGGUGCUGACAGCACAAGCCAACACACCAUGGACACUUUCUGGUCUCAUGCGAACAAGUUGGUGGACCCAGAUCGUCCAGGAGACUACAACCAGAGUGUGAUGGAGCUGGGUGCCACAGUGUGCACUCCUAAAUCCCCAGACUGUUCCUCUUGUCCACUCCGAGAACAGUGCAAAGCCCUCUGUCAGGUUGAGCGAGAGAGGCAGCUGUUGGCAAGUAAACUGGUUGAAAAGGUGGUGAAAAAGGCGGAGACUGUGACUCUACUGGACAUUGAAUGUUGUGCUGAUGACUGUAAAUUAUGUGUUGACAAAGAAGAACCUUGGGAUAGCAGCCUCGGGGUGAUGAACUACCCUCGCAAAGGCAAAAAGAAACCCCCUCGACAGGACCACACCAGCGUGUGCGUGCUGUGUAAGAAGUGCUCUGACGGCAAGCACAGGUUCCUCAUAGUACAGAGGCCCAAGAAAGGUUUGCUAGCAGGGUUGUGGGAGUUCCCAAGUGAGGCGAUGGAGAAAGACAAGAAGGCCCCUGACAUGCUGGACAUCAUAGACUCAAAGUACAAUACAUCCAUAGAGGUGGUGCAUGAGAGACACAGUGUCGGGGAGGUUGUCCACAUCUUCUCGCACAUCCAUCAGACGUACAGCGUGGAGGCUGUGACAGUGAUGGAGGAGAAGGUCGAGGCGGAGAUGGUGUCUGAUGAGAAGAGAUGGGUCACCAAGGAGGAGUUCCUGGAGGCUGCUGUCUCCACAGCGAUGAAGAAGAUAUUCAAAGCCUAUGAGAAAUCCUUGGAUGACAGUAUAAAGGUUAACAAGAGGAAAAGACAAUCUUCCAGCGAUGAUUCAAGCAAUAAGAAGAAACAGAUGUCUCUCAACUCCUUCUUCAAGCCCAAAAAUUAGGUAUCUGCUUGGAUCUCGGAAGGGCGUUGAUUUGAUCCUGAAUUCAUUAACUCAAAAGAUAUUAUAAAGGAUAGUACUUGUAUUCACUGGUGCUUGGCAUUAACAACUGAUCUUCAGCAAGCCAUGCUUGUCAUAGGAGGUGGUCAAGUGGUCAGACUCAUUGACUCCAUUGAUGUAUAUCCUAUCACAGUCACGAAGAUGGAUUACCAAUGGAUUGUCUGGUCCAGACUCGAUUAUUUCAGACUGCUCUCAUAUAGUUGGAAUAUUGCUGAGUGGUGUGAAACACAAACAAAGUGUUGAAGAUUGCGGACAAUUGAAUGACCGGUAUUUCCUGUUAGUACUUUAGUUACAUGUUUUAUGUACAGUUUUAUUCAACAAAUAUAGUUUUAUGUUAUAUAUAGUUUUAUAUUAAAAAAUAUACCAUAUUCCU